UACCAGACAUCAUCAACUAAUGGAGUGGAGUGCCCUUAUAGUCCUGGUGGUGUUGGCCGUCCACGUCGGCGCUGAUAUACGUCCUGGCCAAGACGGUCACGGAAUCCGUCAAUAUGGUACAGGUGGCGGCUUCAACGGCGGUGGAAUCCGUGACCUAGGCACAGGUGGAGGCUUCAAUGGCGGUGGAAUCCGUGACCUAGGCACAGGUGGAGGCUUCAACGGUGGUGGAAUCCGUGACCUAGGCACAGGUGGAGGCUACAACGGCGGUGGAAUCCGUGAUCUGGGUCCAGGUGGAGGCUUCAACGGUGGUGGAAUCCGUGACCUAGGCACAGGUGGAGGCUUCAAUGGCGGUGGAAUCCGUGACCUAGGCACAGGUGGAGGCUUCAACGGCGGUGGAAUCCGUGAUCUGGGUCCAGGUGGAGGCUUCAACGGUGGUGGAAUCCGUCAGUAUGGUUAGAACAUGUACAGGUGGAGGACCUGCCUGCUGGAGGACUGCUGCCGACGACGUGAAGCUCUCGGCCAGGAGACAACUUAAGAUCACGACAUAAUCUUAUCAUCACACCACGUCGUCUUCAAUGAUAACAAAUUUUACUUCAACUGUUUGAAUAUAGCUUUUUUUUUCUCUCGAAUAAAUUGGUAAUAUUUG